UUAGCUUUCAAAUUGUAGAAAAUUCCUUCACCAAUUUCGUUAUUGGGACUGCUUUCCUGAAGGGGCGAAAUGUCGAAAGUAGUUCAAACAGCAAAAAGAUUAUACCAAGCUGGAAAUAAGUUUUCCCUGAGUGUUUUGUUUGAAAGAAAAAGCACUCCAAAUCUUUAUUCUCGCCGUCACUUUGCAACUGAGACUGAACAACAGUCACAUGAGCACGGAAGGCGGUUGACGUGGAGGGACUUCAGGGAAGGCAGGUGCAACCUUGACGAGUUGGCAAAUGAUAAUCGACAUAUCGGCGUGUAUAUUGUUUUAUCCUUUUACGUCGUUGUUGGUGUCACUCUCAAAAAAGUAUUCGGUGGGAAGAAAAAGGGAGAGAACGAGGAAGUGAUCUCAGUUGAGCAAGCCGAGGCAGCACCGACACCUUAAGCAGUUUAUGUCUUACUUGAAACAAGCGUUUUUGUCUUCGAGUGUAAACUUGCUAUAGUCACCAAAAUUUUCUUCCAUUCAAUAAAUUGCCUCUUUACAUCAUCAAGACUGACUAACUGUCAAGUCUUGUGUACCUUCUCAGAUAGACAUACUCAGAUUUGAGUAACAAACUGUCUCUUUCGCGUUGCAGUCGUUAUUUCGCUUUCUUUCCAUCCUGUGUUUUGUUUGGCUACAUUCUUCUGUUGGUGUUCAAAGGGUGACUUUCACAAACAGAAAAUCAACUCUCGGCCUACUUUUCACUUGGAAUAUUGAGUUGGUACUUUCUACGAUAUAGAUAUAAAUACAACAAACUUUCAAGCGAAGAGGUCUCACAGGCAAAGAAAAAGGAUACUCAUACGUGGCGUAGCAUAUAAAGGGAAAAGCAAACAA